GUCUAAUAUUACCGUUGCCCUUUUCUCUCUUAUAUACACCCCCUUCCUUCCACCCUCCUCCAAUAUCAAAAAACACCACAGCCAUCAAAACAACUCUAGCCCAAAUCUCUCAACCGCCAAGAAACACCGCCCUCGCCCCGCGGGAUUCUCCUACCGACUCGCCGGGCUUUCCGAGUUCUCAACCGAUUCUCCCUCCAAAUGGGUCUCUCCAUUGAAACCAGCGACCCGCACUACCACACCCACAAGAUCUUCCUCUUCUGCAACUACAUCCUCCUGGGCGCAGCCUCGAGCUGCAUCUUCCUCACCCUCUCCCUCCGCCUCAUCCCCUCCCUCUGCGGGUUCUUCCUCAUCUUCCUCCACAUCCUCACCAUCGCCGGCGCCAUCUCCGGCUGCGCUGCCGCCUCCUCCCGCGCCGGCAGCAAGUGGUACGGGACCCACAUGGUCGCCACCGUCUUGACGGCGAUAUUCCAAGGCUCUGUCUCGGUCCUCAUCUUCACGAGGACCAGUGAUUUUCUUGGCAACUUGAAGUCCUAUGUCCAGGAACAAGAUGGUGCAGUGAUACUGAAAUUGGCAGGUGGUUUGUGUGUGCUGAUAUUCUGCCUGGAGUGGGUGGUUCUGACUCUUGCAUUCUUCCUCAAGUACUAUGCGUAUGUGGAAGGUGGUGAUCUUUCCAAGAGGAGCGCAAAGGUGCAGCAGGUGGAGGAGGAGGACAUGAAGAACUGGCCAUGGCCCUUCCAAGUCUGAAAACUAGCUCAGUCUCAAAAGUAUUCGGCCACCGCUGCGGCCUAUGGUGUUUGUUUGUGACAUCAAUUCUUUCAUUUUCUUGGCGUUUCUCUCAUGUUCUUGGAGUUCAUUGGGAGGAAUUGGUUUGUUUUCUUUUCAGUUGUAUGAACUGGCCUGGUUUUCUUUUCAUGUGAGAUAUCAAUUCUUUCAUUUCCUUUGUAUGAACUGGGCCUCCUCUUUGGGGUGUGAUUAAUUUGGUUCAGAUUAAUAGACAGGCAGUCAUUACUCUGCCAUAAUAUUAUGGA